AUGCCUGAGCAGGCGAUCCAAACGGUUGACGAGCUCAUUGCCUUGAGCAAGUCCCUGGGGAGGCCGGAGCAGGUGUCGGCCCUGUGCCUGCUCGCCAGCAUUCAGGGCAGCGGGGCAGAGGAGGCGCAGAAGGCCGCAGGGGAGGAGAAGCUGCUGCAGGCGGAGGCUCUGUGCUGCUUGGCCCAGGAGCAGUUGGUGCACAAGAAGUUGCCUGCCGAGGCCCUGGCCACCAGCCAGAAGGUCCUGAGCAUCUUUGCGGCUCUGGGCGACGGCGUGGGUCAGGCUGCCGCAGGGUGCAUGGUGACCACGUGCCACGCCAUCCUCGGCCAGGUGUCGGAGUCUCUGCAGGCGGCUGAGGCCGCCCGUGCAGCCUGCCAGACGACGGAGGACAAGGCUGGCGAGGUGCUGGCACGGCAGUGCCACAUCCUGGCGGCGCUCACGGCCUCGCGGCCGGCGGAGGCGCUGGCGGCGGCGCGGGGGCUGGUGGGCCUGUGCCGGCACUUUGAGGACCAAUCUGCGGAAGCCUGGGCGCUGGUGGAGCUUGCCCGGCUGCAUGUGGCCUGCGAUGACCCCAUCCAGGGCGUGCGCUGCGCGGAAGAGGCGCUGGCAACCGCCAAGAGCGCGCCGCUGGCGGCCAAGGGCGCGGCCCUGGCGGGCCUGGCGCGCCUUCACCGCUGCCGGGACCGCCCGGCGCCGGCCCGGCGCGCCGCGGAGAAGGUCAAGGAGCUGCCUGGCCGGGGCGCCAACGCCUUGGCGCCGGGCCGCGCCGGCGAGGCCCGGGCCCUGCUGCUGGCGGCGACCCUCGGGGGCCAGGCGGCCCUGGGCCUGGCUUCAGACGCCCAGACUCUGAUGAACGGCGUCAGGGACAAGGUGGGUGAGGCUUCUGCGAACUUGGCGCGGGCCCAGAUCUUGGCGCAGCUCCGGGACUUCGCCUCCGCCGCGGAGGCGGCGCAGGAGGCGGCCACGGGCUUCAAGGUUGGCUCCUGUGGUGUCGGAGAGGGCGUGGCUCGUUGCGAGCUGGCCACCAUCCAGCUGCUGAUGGAGGACAAGGCAGAGGCGGAGAAGACGGCCAAGGAGGCGCUGCGGGCCUUCCAUCAGAUCCGACAACUUUCGGGCCUGAAGAGCUGCAGCGCGCAGCUCGGGGAGAACCGGGCGAGGCAGCUGUUGUCCCACGCGCAGCUCAGCUGCCUGCAGCCCAGCAACGCCAGGCUCUACCUGGAUGAGUUCAAUUGUGCCCAUUUGGAAAUCAGUGAGACGGCCUCCCAGGAGUCCCUCGAAUCUGCGGUCGCCACCUUGCACAACAUGCAGCGCCUGCGGAACAACGUGAAGGCGGUUGUGUUGCACCUGGAGGGCGCGGUGGGCCCAGCCAGCAUGCACAGCCAAGCGCUGACCAGCGGGAACUUCUUGGUGGGCCUCCGGGCCAUCAGCAUCCCCAUCGUGUCAGCCGCCUACGGCAAGAUCACGGGGCCCUCGUGGAAUCUGCUGCUGGCCUGUGACUACCGCAUCGCCGCGGUGGACACUUCCUUCGUGCUGCCCAUCGUGUCUCCCCCGGAGUGUCUGGGCGAGCUGGUGGGCGCGGCCAUGGCCAGCCAGCUGUGCAUCAGCAGCGGGGUGCUGGACGCGCACUCGCUGCAGGAGCUGGGGAUCCUGAACCAGGUGAGGCCCAACAAGGACGAGACCGGCCGCGCAGCCAGCGAGCUGGCCAAGCGCAUCGCAGCCUUCCCAGGUAUCGCCUGCCGCCAGACCAUGAGCCUGCUGACGGUGCCGCCGGUGAAGUAUACCACGGUGGGGGCGUACAAGCUACCCGACCCGGAUCUCAUAGCCUAG